AGAACACAUACGAUUGAUAAUUUAAAACACAAACUGAGACUGGCAUAUCAGGUUUAUACACCUAAGACAUAAAUAGAAAAAAAAAUUGGGAUAUGUUCACGUAAAUGGUCAUUAUAUGACACGAUAUUCCAUUGUAAAUUAUACAUCCUGUAUAGUCGCCGAUAUUCUCAACAUUUAUCAUAUAAAAAUGCGGUACAUUUGAGGGCACGCUCAGUAUGAUACUUGACACGAUUUUGAUACAAGUUAAAAGUAUUUAUGUAUUGAUAAAUUUCUUAUAAAUUGUUCAAGAUAGGCAUAGUAAAGAAACCAACUGCCAUUAAGGAUUAAUAUUAAUUUAAGAUGCUAUUAACAACAUCAGCAUCUCUGGACCUAUUCAUACUUCUAUUUGCAUUAUUUUUCAUUUUACACAAAUAUAUUUCAAGAUCACAUGAAUAUUGGUCCAAAAGAGGAGUCGAUACGCCGAAACCUCUUCCCAUAUUUGGCCACUUUUUGAAAGUAGCUCUCUUCAAGACAACCCUCGCAGAAUGGCUAAAAGAUUACUACGAUGCCGCCAAAGGAAAAUAUUUUGGACUCUAUGUCUUUGAUGAACCUUUUCUGGUCAUAAAGGAUCCAGAGAUAAUAAAAUAUAUCACCACAAAAGAUUUUAACUAUUUUAUGGAUAGAAACAUAGCAGCUCCUAGUCAUGAUGUCUUACAACGACACAUACUGUUUCUUCAAAAAAGUCCUGGAUGGAAAUCUAUUAGAAUUAAGCUCACUCCAGCUUUUACGUCUGGAAGACUUAAAGCCAUGUUUCAUUUAAUUGACUCGUGCGGACAGGAACUUGAAAAUUGGAUUAGCCAUAAUUUAGGAAUUUUGGAAGCAAAAGAAGUUGUUGCGAAAUAUGCUACAAAUGUCAUUGCGAAAUGUGCUUUUGGGAUCGACUCAGAGUGCUUUCUUCACGAAAAACCGGCUUUUAGAGAAGUAGGCAGAAAAUUUUUCGAUUUCAGGUGGAGAAAUGCACUCUCUCAAACACUUUAUUUUUUGAAGCCAAGUUGGAUCGACAAAAUUAAACUAGAUUUUAUUGAUAAACAGUGCCUGGAGUAUUUUUCGAAAGUAUUUAUAGAGACGCUGAAUACCAGGCCUGAUGAAGAACAAUACAAUGAUUUUAUUGAUAUUCUGAAGGAGUUGAGAAAAAACAAUGAAUUUGCAUCGGAUGGUUCAGAUGAUAGCAAGCUUGCUGGAAUAGCUAUUCAGAUAUUUAUGGCAGGAUUUGAGACUACCAGUACAACAAUUUCAUUUACUCUUUAUGAAUUUUGUAUGAAUACUAAAAUACAAGAUAAAGCCAGAAAUGAGAUUAAAACUGUGCUUGAAAAAUAUGGAGGAAAAGUUACUUAUGAAGCAGUACGAGAUUGUGUGUAUUUGGAAAUGUGUAUGAACGAAACUCUUCGAAAAUAUCCAGUACUACCGUUUCUAGACAGAAGAUGUAACGCAGAUUAUAAGGUUCCAGGUACGGAUCUUAUCAUAGAAAAAGGUACUGCAGUUUUCAUUCCAAUGUACGGGUUACAGAUGGAUGAGAAAUAUUUCCCAGAGCCAUUCAAAUACAAACCCGAAAGAUUUUUGAAUAAAAUUGAGUCUACCAAUGGAGUGACUUAUCUGCCAUUUGGAGUAGGACCACGUAUUUGUAUAGGUGAACGGUUUGGUAGACUGAGCACCAAACUGGCUCUGAUUUAUGUACUAAAAAAAUUUGAAAUUGAAGCAUGCGACAGUUCACCGGAUCCAGUGAAAUUUGAGCCAAAAUGUUUUCUGUUUGCAUCUACAGUUGGAUUACCUCUAAAAUUUAAGUUACUACAAUCAUGAUAUCCUUAACUUUAAGAUGUGGAAGUGUUAAAUGAUGCUGUAAAUAAUGACAUUUCAACUAUCUUUAACCUGUAAUUGUAUAUAAUCUCCUUGUAGCUAAAACCAUUUUAAUUUUCUCUAAAUUAGAUUAUAUUACUUUGAAACCACUAACAUAUUCUGUAAUUUGACCGAUCCUGAUUGGGUUUGUAUGUGUACAUUUUUUAAAUAACUUGUUUCUUUUAAAUAUAUUUUUUUAACAGAAGACAUCAAUAUUACCUAUAACUGUAAUUUGAAUAAUCUAACUAUGGGUUAACCGUUAGUUAUAAAAUGGUAAGUUUUAAUUCAUAUUAUUAGAAAUUAUUGGGAACUUUUUUAAAUAUUGCAGACGAUUUAAGUAAUAGCUACAAAAUAAACAAAAUAUUCUAUAAUGUUUUUACCAAAUGUUACUUUUUACUUCCCUCUAUAAAAGGGAAGUAUUGUAACCGUCACCUUCCAAAAUAAUUUUAGAUUUUCACGUUUCAGGGUUCCUAUAAUACGAAAUAGUAUAUUACAUUACGAGUGUGGAAAGUGACAUUUUUCACACGAGUGGGAAAUAUUGUCGCACGAGGCGUAAGCCGAGUGCGACUAUCACACGAGUGUGGAAAAUCACUUUUCACACAAGUGAUGUACAAU